GCCCUAGUGGAUGUCUGUGUCGUAUUCCCAAUCGAGACGCAGGUGGAGAUUUUGUCUCGCGUGCGAUGCUUCUGCAGAGUAAGGCGUCCAGGUCUGCCUUGAUGUGCUGGCACCAGCAAAACUCAGUACGACGAAAAGAUGCUUUGAGAAACAAGAAAAGCCCGCUCUUGAUUUCGAUUGGGAGAGAGGAGUUGCGAAUUUCUCUAUGCUUGUUUCAAGAAUGAUUCGUCUCACCAAUCGCACACUGCUAACCAAAAGGUAUUUUGUGAGAAGUGACGACAAGCUAACCGAUUCGCUGCAGCGCGGAUCCUACGAUGUACGCAAGUGCGGGAGGGAACUUGGCGAGAGCCUCCACGACCGAUGGGUCGGGCGUGCACGCGAUUUACAACUACCGAACAAAGCAUUCGGCCCUCAUCAAUUUCAACAACACCAUCAUCUAUCGGAAUCUGCCUCUGCAAAAAUCUCAAACAAUGACGUUCGUUGCGUUGCGCAUGUUUCAAACUUCGCAAACAGCAUCCAGUGUUCCAAGGCAUCCCCGCACUGUCAUGAUGAUCCGCUCGAGGACGCGACAACUGUGCGCAUGCUCGAACAUACCCGAUAUGAAGCAGCAGCCCUGAUGCCAGACUGUCCAACGAAGGGGAACCCAGCACGCCACAUGCCGACAAGGCUUCUGGCAGUUUCAAGCCGCAAGCGCUAUUGCCUUGUCACUGGUCCACGUUACUGCAAGUCUCCGCUCUGCCUUGAGCGCUUACUCUAUUCCCCUGGCCAAUCAAACCCCACACCCUACCAUCUCAACUCAAUGCACGCAAGCCUCAACGCGAACUAACUUGUGAGUUUAACAACCACCAUGGUAGGGGUGCGCUGCCAUUGGGCGCCUACGGAAAGGUAAGGGACAGGCCUCAUCUAUAACAUGCGAGCCACUGUCGUCCUGUGAGCUGCGAGUGGUUUGCUGUUCCUGACGGCCAGAACCUACAGGCUUGCGCAUUUCAGAAGCGAACCACCAGUUGCGGGACAACACAUUCGUCGACAAGCUGC